AUGGCGGCUGUUCAGGAUGGACCGACCGAGCCAGAGAGUGCAAAAGAAAUUAAGACAGAAACAUUGAAUGAUGCGACAGGAAAUCACACUGCUGCCGUCGGUGGUGUUCUUUCAACGUCUCCGGUUGCUACCACGUCGGUUGGAACCCCAAAACCUUCGCCUUUAGUAGGAACCGAUGACCAGCAGACCUUGCUGGCUGUUUUGCAAUUCCUUAGGAAGAAUAAAUUGAUUGAAUCGGUCGAUACUUUACGUCGAGAAGCUGGUUUAGCGGAAGAUGCAGACGAUUCCCAGACCGCUGAAGGAGGGGCAACAGGAGUGGGUGCUGGAGUGAAUCUUGGUGCCGAAAGCGGGGAUGCAUCACUCUUCAGCCGCGUGUCAGGCGCUACCGCCGCCCCUUCAACCACCAUAGCUCCGGCGCCUCCGAAAGGUGGUGAGGACCAACCAGACGUAAACGUCGUCCUAUCGGCAUACAGCCAGCAGGGGGACCCAGCUUUAUAUCAGGUUUAUUAUAGUGGAUUAAAAAAUUUCAUCGAGUCGGUCUUGGACUGUCACCGAGCUGAGCUCUCCCAAGUGUUUUAUCCACUCUUUGUCCACAUGUACUUGGAACUGGUCUACAACAACCACGAAAAUGAGGCUAAAGCAUUUUUUGAAAAGUUCAGCGGAGAUCAGGAGUGUUACUACCAGGACGAUUUACGCGUGCUCUCUGGGCUGACCAAGAAGGAGCACAUGAAGGGCAACGAGACGCUGCUGGACUUCCGCACCAGCAAAUUUGUCCUGCGCAUCUCGAGGGACUCCUACCAGCUGCUGAAGAGGCACCUGCAGGAACGGCAGAACAACCAGAUCUGGAACAUCAUCCAGGAGCACCUCUAUAUUGACAUCUUCGAUGGCAUGCCGCGCAGCAAGAGUCAGAUCGACAGCAUGUCCGGAAGUCUGGCGGGAGAGGCCAAGCGCGAAGCCAACAAAGCCAAGGUGUUUUAUGGAUUGCUGAAGGAGCCUGAGAUUGAGGUUCCCCUUGACGAUGAAGAUGAGGAGGGGGAAAAUGAAGAAGGCAAGCCAAAGAAAAAGAAACCCAAGAAGGACAGCAUGGGCUCCAAAAGCAAAAAACAGGACCCAAAUGCUCCCCAGCAGAACAGAAUACCACUUCCGGAGCUGAAGGACUCAGACAAACUGGAUAAAAUCAUGAACAUGAAAGAGGCCACCAAAAGGAUCCGCUUGGGUCCUGAUGCCCUGCCUUCCAUCUGCUUCUACUCCUUCCUCAAUGCAUACCAGGGGCUAACAGCUGUAGACUUCACUGAUGACUCCAGUCUGAUCGCAGGAGGCUUUGCAGACUCAACAGUGCGUGUUUGGAGCGUCACGCCCAAGAAACUACGUGGUGUUAAGUCAGCAGCAGAUCUGAGUCUAAUUGACAAGGAGUCAGAUGAUGUGCUGGAGAGGAUAAUGGAUGAAAAGACAGCCAGUGAAUCCAAGAUCUUAUAUGGACACAGUGGCCCUGUAUAUGGCAUCAGUUUCAGCCCUGACAGAAACUACCUGUUGUCUUGCUCAGAGGAUGGAACUGUGAGACUGUGGAGUCUUCAGACAUUUACAUGCCUGGUUGGCUACAAAGGACACAAUUACCCUGUCUGGGACACCCAGUUUUCUCCAUAUGGCUACUAUUUCGUGUCUGGGGGACAUGAUAGAGUUGCUCGGCUUUGGGCAACGGACCACUAUCAACCAUUGCGCAUGUUUGCGGGUCACCUGGCUGACAUCACCUGUACCCGGUUCCACCCCAACUCCAAUUAUGUGGCCACAGGGUCGGCAGACCGUACCAUUAGGCUCUGGGACAUCCUUACCGGCAACUGUGUCCGAAUCUUCACUGGACACAAGGGGCCAAUACACUCUUUGGCUUUCUCUCCUAAUGGGAAGUUUCUGGCAUCUGGAGCCACAGAUGGCAGAGUCCUGUUAUGGGACAUCGGCCAUGGCUUGAUGAUUGGGGAGCUCAAGGGCCACACUGACACAGUCUAUGCCCUGAAGUUCAGCAGGGAUGGAGAGAUCCUGGCCUCAGGCUCCAUGGAUAACACGGUUCGGCUGUGGGACUCCGUAAAAGCUUUUGACGACAUAGAGACUGAUGAUUUUACUACAGCCACUGGUCAUAUUCACCUGCCUGAGAACUCCCAGGAAUUACUGCUGGGAACAUACAUGACCAAAUCCACACCUGUAAUUCACUUACACUUUACACGCAGAAAUUUGCUUCUUGCAGCAGGGGCAUACAACCCUUAGAAAUGUUUUUUUUUUUUUUUGUAUGCUUUUUGCAUAUUUAUCCCUCUAAAUACAGAUAGAAGUUCAAAAGAAAUGUACAGACUGGACACUUCCUGCAUUAGACUGCAUAGAUCCUUAACAUUUUUGUUGAUAAUGUCUAUAGUAGGAGUGUAACUUAGGCAUUCUUCAUUAAAAGAAAUGCCCUUAUUUUCCGGUUAACCUAUAUCUUCAAAUUCUUACAUUUUUCUCAAGAUUUCAACUGAAAUCUGGCCUUAUCAUCCAGAUGUAAUCACUUGCCAUUUCCCUUAGCUGUAUGAUACUGUGAUCCAAUGCACAGAGUGCCUCUUGGAAGUAAAAAGCUGUGCUUAUUUUGUUACACAUUCAC